AUGGAUGUGCGCGGCAAAGCAAUUCUCAAAGAUGGGCGCAAGAUUGUCUUGGAGCUUGAACCAGGUGUUGCCCCACAACCUUCUACCACUCCUCCGCAUCCAGAUGCUUUAGUCCAAGAGAUUGCUGACGGAAAGUUGUUGGUUCAUCCUUCCAAAGCCCAAAUCACUGUUCGCCGCAUCCAAAUGCAGAUUUGUAACAUUCAGCGUGGAUUGCGGCUGUUGAUUGGGGCAGAAGGACAGUGGAGCAAUGAAGCAGAUGAAAGGCUCAAGUCAUGGUUCUUGCGUGCAGAAAGGAAGAAGAAUCGCACCGACACACCUUCGCCUAGUCCUAGUGCCUUGGAAGAUGCUUCUUCUUCCGGGCGCCUUGCCUUGGAAGAUCCUUCUUCUUCUACACCCCUUGCCUUGGAAAAUGUCAAGCCUGAGAAUUCUUCUGUGGAGAACCAUGCUACCAAUGCCUUGGACGAUGACAACCCUACAGCCAUCAUUUGUGAGGAUUCCUAUGUGGACAACCAUGGUGCCAAUGUCUUGGACGAUGACAAGCCUGCUGUUGAGUCUCCUACCGGUGAGGUUGAAGCUGAUGUCUUGGACGAUGCCAAGCCUGCUGUUGAGUCUCCUACCGGUGAGGUUGAAGCUGCGGAGGAUCACCAUAGUUCCAAUGGCGCUGAUUCAAGCGAUGCGUCGUCAACAUCUUCCUCUUCGUCAUCGGCUACCAGACUUCGUGCAACGAUUCAGCGCUCAGUGUCUGCUCUCCAGGAGAUCCAUGACAUUGUUAGUGACAGUUGCCCAGAUUGUGCAGAUGCCCUGUUGCAAAUCCAAGAUUCACUAGCACAGGACGGCGUGACGCGCUACUACAGCGAUGCCACGCAGGGCCCAGCCUGUGCCAUCAGCUGUCCAGCGGCCACGGUCUACCGGAACUACUUCGUGAACGGCAGCGGCCAAGCGAAAGGACGACAGUUGGAUGGGCUGGCAGACAUCGCAGAGCUGGUGGGCAAUGCUAAAGAGAAGUAUUGGCGCAUGGUCAAUGGAUACUGCCUCCCCACGGACAACAAAUCCAUGGGGCGCUUGGCACAAAGGCUCAAGGAGGAUGAGAAGCUCUCCGAGGCCCUCCGGGAUCGUUUGCGCAUCGGCGUUCACUGGGACACAGAGGUGGCCAACAAGGAUCAUCGAGUGUGCCAAGUGUUUUGCUCUGCACUGCCGGUUGCGUAUGCCAAAAGCACUCGUUCGCAAGAUUGGGAAGCCUUUGGUCGCUUGGUGCUGCAAGGCACCUUCGAAGCCACUUUGGCGAUUGCAGCGGUGUUGAGCAUUCAGCGGCAGUGCCGUACCAAGGUGUACCUCAGUGCAGUGGGUGGCGGCGCCUUUGGAAACCGCACUGCAUGGAUCGUGGACGCCAUUGAGCGGGCAUUGAGGAUCCAUGCCGAGUCGCCAUUGGACGUGAUGCUGGUGCACUUCAGCUCCGUUCCACGUGGUGCCUAUGGGGACCUGGAGAAGGGCCGGAAGAAGCUGAAGGCGACGGCGCCCAAGCCCGAAGCCACGGCUCCUCCUGAGCCACCUGCGGAGGUGGGCGAUGCGCCCGAAGCUGGCAGCGAUGCGGUGAUCCUCGCCAAGGCCUUCAAGAGAUUGGACUUGAACGGGGACGGCGUCAUCUUGGAGGAGGAGAUGGCGGCGGUGCUGAAGAAAAUCAUGCCA